AUGAAUGCAGAAGAAAGACUAAGUAUGAAUGCAGAAGAAAGACUAAGUAUGAAUGCAGAAGAAAGACUAAGUAUGAAUGCAGAAGAAAGACCAAGUAUGAAUGCAGAAGAAAGACUAAGUAUGAAUGCAGAAGAAAGACUAAGUAUGAAUGCAGAAGAAAGACUAAGUAUGAAUGCAGAAGAAAGACUAAGUAUGAAUGCAGAAGAAAGACUAAGUAUGAAUGCAGAAGAAAGACUAAGUAUGAAUGCAGAAGAAAGACUAAGUAUGAAUGCAGAAGAAAGACUAAGUAUGAAUGCAGAAGAAAGACCAAG